AAAAUUGUCGCCAUGGUACAGGGAUGACUCACGAGGAGUUUACAGCUCGCUGAGCUCAAUUUAUAUACCUGUGAUGGCAGAGUUGCAAGAUUUAGUGGAACGUUUGGAGAAGUCUGUCAAACGACUGGAGUUGGCAUCUUUGAAGAUACCAGGUGCUCUGACCCCAGUUUCUGAUGCAGUGAAUGGGGACAAUGGAGUUCAAGAUCUGGCACCAUAUGUGGAAGCUUUCGAUGUUGUGCUGACGGGUGCUGUUGCAGACUUUGUGAAGCACAGCAAGAUCCUUGGGGAGGAUGUGGAGGAACAUGCAAAGAUGUUUAGUGCAGCUUUUGAAGCCCAGAGAGAUUUCCUCGUGAUGGCCUGUAAACGCCAGCAGCCUUUGGAGAAUGAGAUGAAUGGACUUCUCAAACCCAUAUCUGACAGAAUUCAGGAGAUCCAGAACUUUCGGGAGAAGAACCGUGGCAGCAAGAUGUUCAACCACCUAUCAGCUGUUAGCGAGAGCAUCACAGCACUGGGGUGGGUUGCAGUGGCCCCUAAGCCAGGUCCUUAUGUCAAGGAGAUGAAUGAUGCAGCCACCUUCUAUACUAACAGGGUGUUAAAGGAGUACAAGGAUAUUGACAAGAGACAUGUAGAAUGGGUCAAAUCAUUCCUCAGUAUUUGGACAGAGCUUCAGGCCUACAUCAAGGAGUACCACACCACUGGGCUCUUGUGGAACAAGGCUGGUCUUGCAAUGUCUCCGCCAUCUUGUGGCCCUUGUCCCCCGCCUCCACCUCCUCCCCCUCCUGGGCCCCCUCCAGUCCUGUUGUCAGAAACAUCAAAGGAUGAGGCAUCUGUGGCACGUUCCCAGCUCUUUGCUCAGCUUAAUCAAGGAGAAGGAAUCACAAAAGGUCUCCGCCAUGUCCCUGAUGACCAGAAGACUCACAAGAAUCCAAAUCUUCGUCCACGGAGUGGAGCUGUCAAUUCCCCAUCAAAGAGUCACAUGACCAGUCCUACGUCUCCCUUGUCCCCUCCACAACAGCCGAGGGCGCCUGCGCUGGAGCUGGAAGGAAAGAAGUGGAAAGUGGAAUACCAGGAAAAUAAUAACAAUCUUGUCAUUUCUGAGACUGAACUAAAGCAUGUUGCCUAUGUCUAUAAGUGCAACAACUCCACACUGAAAAUCCAAGGCAAAGUCAAUUCCAUUACAGUCGAUUCUUGUAAAAAGCUUGGCCUUGUGUUUGACAACGUGGUGGGAAUAGUUGAAAUCAUCAAUUCCAGAGAUGUGCAAGUUCAGGUCAUGGGCAAAGUACCAACCAUAUCUAUAAAUAAGACAGAGGGAUGUCACAUAUACCUCAGCGAAGAGUCUUUAGGAUGUGAGAUUAUCAGUGCCAAGUCUUCUGAAAUGAAUGUCUUAAUUCCUCAGGAUGAUGAUUAUAAAGAGUAUCCAGUCCCUGAACAGUUCAAGACUACAUGGAAUGGUUCAAAGCUGUUUACUGAAGCAGCAGAGAAUGUUGGCUAACUGCCGAAGUUACAAGCUGUUCUGUAAUUCAUGUGUUGUACUCCAGAGUUAUAGUUCACCGUAAUGCAAUUUUACACUUUGUGUAGCCAUAGCAUAUAAUACCACAAUAGUCAGACACCUUGCAGUAGCUGCAUUACAAGUGGGGGUGCAACAAUUGAUGGUCUUACUGACGGUCUAUGUUUUUACCAACUGUGGGUUACGACGCUUGUACAUAUUUUCAGUGCAUUCGACAUCUUUGUACUUUUAGAGCUUUGUAUGACAAAAUCUCACCCAGUUCUUUCAUCAGUUUAGAUAACCUAGGAUUUCAAUUAAUUCAAAAUUAAUCAUUGCCCCUGUUAGUUAAAGUCAAUUUUAUAAUUGUGCAUCUCAACAUAGUGUCCCUUUCUUGCCUCUUUUCUUUUAAUUUCCAUUGAAAUUUAACCCAAAGACAAUAAUCUCGAAUACAUAGUUGCUGUGAAACGGUUUCAGUUAGUGUUCCAUAUGUUCCCCCUUGUGUUGCUGAUAAAUUGUUCCAGUAUUACGGAAUAUUUUGCCACAUUUUCUUGGUCAGGAUGGAUGUUGCCCUUUCAGAGAAAAACUGGAUAACAAAUUGUGGUUUUAACAAACAAUUUCUUUUUGUGUUUCAAUGCCUUUAUUAAUGCACUUUUCAUUUUUCUUAAUUUUGUUUCGUUGACUAAGUUGCCCAUCAAUAUUGAGUCUAUAUUUGUAACUGUGGAAGAGGACUCUUCAUUUGCAAAAUAAGCUAACACCUGCCUUUUCAUAAGGUGUUGGCAUAAUGUGAUGGUAGGUACAAGCAGAGACGGGAGCCCUAACAGUAGUUUCUAAUCACUUUCCCUUCUCCAAGCUUUUACUAAAACGGCCAGGCCAUUUCAAAGUAAUCAAGAGCAUAGAUCAAAGAUUCAGAUCUGCAGACUUAUAUUGUUCAGUGUCUUGUUAAGGCAGCAGUCAGAUCCUGGCAGAGACAUUACAAUGUAAUGGCUUGCAUACACCUCAUGUUAUUCAGGUACCAAGAUGUCCUCGCUCACUGCACCUGCAAGUUUGACGUAGACUUCUACCAUUCUAAGUUUCAAAGUUUGUCCUUGACAAUAUCUUAGUGUAGAAAAUGGAUACAGUUUGUUGCAACGUAGUAUUGCAGUUGUUCCUGUUGAUGAGCUUAUUUUUGAGGGAUUAGUUACUGUAAUUUGUAAUAUCACUAGACAAUUUGAAGACUACUGUUAUGUGUCACAAGGAAGGCAUUCUACAAAUAAAAACUGAACUGUUGCAAACAA